AUGGUCUCCGCAAAGAAGCACGUCCCCAUCAUCAAAAAGCACAAAAAGGCCUGGCACCGGCACCAGUCCGACACCUUCAAGUGUGUGCCUUCAGCAUGGAGGAAGCCAAAGGGUAUCGACAACCGAGUUCGAAGACGGUUCAAGGGUCAAAUGGUCAUGCCAUCGAUUGGUUUUGGCUCGAAUAAGAAGACCCGACACAUGAUGCCUUCUGGUCACAAGGCUUUCCUCGUCCACAACACCCGAGACGUCGAACUCCUCCUCAUGCACAACCGAACAUACGCCGCUGAAAUCGCAUCUGCUGUCUCCUCGCGAAAGCGAAUUGAGAUCGUUGCAAAGGCAAAGGCAUUGGGUGUCAAGGUUACCAACCCCAAGGCGAAGAUUACUACGGAGUCGUGA